AGCUAACGAAACCACUUCCGCUUCCUCUUUUUUCCCUUUGUUUUUCCUUUCCCUUCCACCGCUCGUCUCAACCGCCAACCAACCCCGUUCUCUCCGCCAUGGCCGGCGACGCCGAGAGAAUGGCGGUGCUCAAGAGGGCGUACGCGGACGUCAUCCUGAACACGACGAAGGAGUCGGCCGUCAGGAUUUUGGCGGCGGAGCGCCGGACGCUACAGUGGGAGCAGAGCUCGUCGUUCGUCAAGGAAGAUUCUUUUGCCCUAAUUCUUCGACUCAAGGCUCUCAUGGACACUAGGAUUAAAGAGACAGAAUCAGUAAACUUAUCACAAGCAACAAGAAUUCGAGAGCUUGAAGUUCAGCUCCGUGAGGCGAACCAUAAAAUUCGUCGUUUAAAUUCUAAACUGCAGAAAGAUAGUUCUGAACUGGAGAAUCAGAAGAGUGAUAAAAGUGAGUCUCUACAAGGUAAAGACACAGAUGAUCGCAUCAGUUUGCAGAAAAAUAACCCUGAUGAAGCUACAUCGAGUCAGGAAACUGUACCUCAUAGCACCUAUGCUAAAUAUUCAAACCAAAAGGAGCCUACAAAAGAUUCGACUGCAUCUGAUGAUUCUACUGGCACUCCUGAUUUAGUGUCCUUGAUAUUGAGAAACAAGGAGCCAGAGCCUUUUAGGAAUGGUUGUACUCAGCUGAUACGUCCAUUGGAGCGAAAUGUGUUGACUGAUAGAGAUCUGCCUGCUGAAAGACAAUGCCCAGAUCUCUAAUGUAAAGCAAGAAGCUCCAAUAUGUGAGAAUGAACUAGAUGAAAAGUACUGGCUUGGAGACCUAAUCCUGGCAGCCGAAAUGCUAAUAGAGGUUGCAAAAUCACUUGAUUCAGAAGAAGCACUCUUGAUUCAGAAGAAGCACAUGAAGGAAACAAAUCCGAAAUCAACCAGAAAGGUAAGUUUUCCAGUUGCAUUCUCCAAGAAGAAGAAGAGCUAGAAAGCUCGUCACAAAAAGCUGCAGUACUUCUCAUGAAACUGAAGAUCAUGAACAACCAGACAUUAGUGAUACUAAAAUUGCUGGAAAAACUGGCAUGCCCACGACUCAUGAAAGGCAGGGGCAAAGAAAUGCAGAUACUACAUGUUCAGAUGAGGCUUCUGUCAAAAAUAAAAUAACUUCUGUAGAAAGAAAUAUGAAGUUGAAUGAGUUCCCCGAUCAUGUAAUCCCUGCAAUUUGAACACCGGCAGAAUAAUGACCAAGCGAAGUAUGAAACUGCAUAAUCUCAACAGUCCAAAUGCUGGUCAAGUAAGCAUUGAAAACGAUCAAGUUGCACUAACCACACAUGACUGUGAAGAAGGCGAUCCUUUAGAUGGAGCCAUUAAGGAGGAUGCCAUUGAGUGAGAAACAAUGUUGAAGACACCAGAUUAUACAUUAACCGGGUAUUCAGAUACUUCAGUAUUAAAAGGAAACAAUGAAAAGAUUGAUACUCCACUGAUUUUUGUUCUAAAGAUGAAGAACCUUGCAAAUCAAGUAGGCUACCUGCUGAAGUUGAAAAUGACAGAAUUGUAAAAUAUACUUUUAAGAGGACCAGAAAGAAGGGAUCUCCAGAUAACAAGAACAAAGAUGUUUAUUUAGAGGGAAAUAAGAAAUUGAGAAAAGCAGAUAAAGAAAGUGCCUUGCAUGAGAAACCAAACAAGAUAAUGGAGUUAACCCGAGACAGUAGGAGGCUAGCACAAGUUGCUCGUCAGGUUAGUAAACGAUCCAUUUCUGUUUUGUGAAAUUUCGAAUCACAUGUAUUGCAAAUAGUGAUUUGCUCGGGGGCACACGCAGGAAUUGCUUCAAUCCCUAGUGUAAAGGAGCAAGAAUACUUACUACUAGUGUAAAGGAGAAAGAGUGCUUACUUUACAACCUAGGUGGAGAAGCAACGUCACAUAAUCAUGUUUUAAAUGAAAAGAAGGAUGAAGUAAAAAAGGAUUAUACCAAAUAAUCUGCAGCAUUAGACUCAACCAUUCAGUUACUUACUGAGAGAGUUUUGUCACAAGUUUCAAAAUUCUCGGAUGGUUGGAAACACCAAGGAUGGAGUACUACUGUUACAGUUGAUGAUAGGUAGAUCCUUAGAGAGAUAAAAUUGUUUUUCCUAGGAGAGGAUAAAAGAGAAGGAGAAAGCAGUCUCUUGCAAAGCAGGGUAAGACUGCGUAGGAUAGAUCCUUCCCUGAGAUCUCGCAUUGGAGGGAGCUUCGUGCACCGGACCGUCCUUAGGAGAGUAUAAAAGAGAAGUAACGAUAAGAGGGAACAAUUUGAUAAAUUUGCUUUAUUAUUGAUGUAAAUAUAUGUAGUCAGCUAUAAAUUAAUUUGAUCUUCAACUCUACAUGACUAUUUAACUGAAGGAAUCUAAUAAAAUAGGACAAUUAUACAAUAACUGUUUCUAAUACUUUUUUCCAUGGUGUACAGACAUCAUUGUAGAACUAAUUAAAUUAUCCUAAAUAUACUUAAAAAUGAAAAUAGCUAUUUUUUACAUAUAUAUAUUUAGUCUUUCUUUCAUGAGAAAGGAUGACUUAGACUUUUUCCAGGUACAUAUUGAUUUCAAGAACUCUAAUAUAAGAAUUGUGGCAUGCAAUACAGAUUGUACAAUCAAUGCAUUUCUGCAUUCUCCAAAACUAUAUCUUCUACCUGGUUCUGGUAAUUAGUAUGGGCAGUUUGUUGCAGUGUAUUACUGGCUGCAAACUAGUGAGACCUGCAGCAAUACGACAAUGCAUUAUUACAGAGUACUAAAUUCAUGUAGAGUUACGAAUAUGGUUAUCGCGUGAAAAGAGAGUUUUAUAUGAUGCAUAGUCUUCAUCUACCAGUGUAAAGCCAGCAAAUAUGUUGGCCUGAACAUGUUUAGUAAUUAGCCCGUAUGAUCUCUGUGAAAUACAUGAUGCCUAGUAUAGAGGAUAACUUAGAAAAAUAGAACUGAAUAUGAAUGAUUUUUGUAUUUGUCCCCUUUUUUUAUCUGAACAUAAAUCGUACACUGUCAACCGACAAAUAAGAUAUUAGAGUCUAUGUAGUCUUGAAAAUACUUUCAUGUGUCAUUUUUUACAUAGUUCAGGUCGAUUAUACAAUCUAAUGCAUAUGUCUGGUCAUUUUUUAGUCUAAAUCCACUCUUGUUUCACAUUAAAGAUCUGAGGGUAAAUUAAGAGAAUGAAAUUGCAUUCUAUAAAUUAUUGUUGUAAGAAAAUGUGUUGUUUUAUUUGUUGUUUGAUUGCAUUAUUUUUAGUCUUUUUGUUCUGCUCAAGCAAAAAAGUCCUAGCAUAUCUAGAUGUUAUUUUUAAGAAUUCAUUGUCACAUGUACAUGAAAGCUGAAUGCCAAUUCAUUUAAAUUUAUGUCACUUGAAGAAAA